AUGUCUUAUAGUCCCAAUCAAACGACUCCCACCUACGAAGCUGGCUACGCCCAUUCAGAGCCACUCGAACCGGAGUAUAACAACGGCACCGGCAACAGCAACAACGCUACGGCGUAUCAAUACGAGACGUAUGCCAUGUGCAACCGCUGCUACACGCAGCAGGACUGUCCUCACAGGCAUACCACCUACCAGCAACAACACGGCCUGAAUACAGGUGGACAUCAUGGUAUGAUGAUGCUGGCACCUACGAUAGUUACUGGGUAUCCAAGACACGACCCUCCGCUGUCCAGCGUGGGAGUGGCUCUCAGUAAUAAUGGAUACAACAAUGUCAACAGGAGCCAGCAGGGGGGCUCGCAGCAGCCAGUUUCUUCGCCAUGGUACAACAACGGCGUCAACAACGAAGUCGUCAGAGUUUCAAAUAUGGCCGUCAAUACACAUACUGCCGAGAUACAGCAGCAGCAACAACAGCAACAGCAACAGAAUCUACCGUACUUUAGCCAGUACACCGGUCUUGGUCUGGAUACGAUGACCAUGGCUGCCUCUGAAGAGGACCUGUUUCCGCACGGUCUUCCUGAUCUUCAGAGAUCCGCUACCGUGGCUCCGAGCGCUCUUGAAAGAUACCGUGCAGACGACCACACAACCACAACCCUACUACAGGCCGAGCAACCACCAGCCAACCAAUCCCAAAGACAUACCACCACCACCACAACCACCCCAUCUCUCGCGACUCCCGCCUCGAGCGCUUCCUCGGCCUCGUCUCCUUUUGUUUCUUCUUCCUCCACCCCGUUCGGACCGAUGAUGCUUCGUACCCAAAAGCCAAAGCCUCCUCAGAUAACAAGCGAAGCAACCUAUCACCGGGCGCUCUACGGCCACGGACCCGAAACCCCCGGCGACCCAUCAUGCGAUCGCGCCGUCGCAAACAGGCAGGUCCUGCCCACAAUCGCCGCCCAGCACGGGCAUCCCGUGUGGCCUCUGGACACCAAGGCCAAAAAGAACACUUACUUGCUAGAAGGCAAGAAACGCGGGCUAUCCUACCGCAAGAUCAAGGAGUUUGGCGAGAUUUCCGACGCAGAGUCGACGCUGCGCGGGCGGUAUAGAAUGCUCACCAAGACCGCGGACGAGAGAGUGCGAAGGCCGGUAUGGGAGGAGAAAGAUCUACAACUCCUUCACCAAGGCGUAAAGCUACACACCGACGGCCGCCAGCGCAGACGCCGCGAAUCAUCGCGCCGUACAUCGAUAGCAAGUAUGUCUGGAUACAGCAGCGAAGAUAGGAACGCUGGUACUGAGCCACGAAUCUCGUGGAAAGGGGUCGCCGAGUAUAUCACUCAAAACGGGGGCUCGUACAAGUUUGGGUAUGCGACUUGUAAGAGGAAGUGGGAGGAGCUCAAUUCUCCGGACGAUUCGUGA